AUGUGGCUGCGCGAAUUGGUACUCAUUAUCGGUGUUGCUAGCAGCAGCUUCUUCCUCUCUGGACGAGAAGAGAGCACGCUGUCCUACCGCGUGUUCGAAGAUACCGGCGUCCUCAACAACGCGAAAAAGACUGCGAUUGUGAUGCAUGGUAUAUUGGGGAACAAGUUGAACUGGCGCACCUUCGCGCUAACUCUAACGAAGAAGAAUCCAGACUGGCGUUUUAUUUGCCUGGACCUGCGCGGGCACGGAGACUCGCCUUCGUUCACAAAGCCUCACAACUUGGAGGCAUGCGUCGAGGACAUUUUCAAAUUGACCGCUAGCUUGAAAGUAGAGCCCACGGCCGUGCUAGGACACUCGUUUGGCGGGAAGGUGGCGCUUACGUAUCUGCAGCAGUGCAUGGAGCAAGACCGCUCGCCGCCAAGCCAAGUGUGGGCUCUGGAUUCACUGCCAGGAACAGGCGCAACGGACUAUGCGAGCCGCGACGUCACGAGCUCGAUCGAGACGAUUCUGCCGGUUGUGAAGAAAAUUGCGCUGCCCAUCCGUUCCAAGGCGCAACUUGUGAAGGAUCUGCUAGGUCAUGGCAUUGCGCUGGGUGAAGCGCAAUGGCUUACAACGAACUUGCGCUUGACUAACAAGAGUCCGGAGCUUUACGAGUGGAGAAUGGAUGUAGACGUCAUCGAGGAGCUUUUCCGCUCUUUUCUGGCAACGGAUCUAUGGCCUAUAGUGGACAGCCCGCCUGCAGCAAGGGGCAAGGACGUGGAGCUUCACUUUGUGCACGCCUCAAAGAAUAGAAUGUGGACUACCGACAUAAUGGACCGACUGGACGCACAGCAGGAGAGCCAGGUCUACCACCACUUGCUUGAAAAAUCUGGCCACUGGGUUCACAUUGACAACCCGACUGGCCUGAUGGAGAUCAUACAAACUUACAUGCUCAGUAGCGAAUAA